CGGGUGCGUGAGGCGCGAUAGUCAGCGCGCGAUUCUUUUUCGCUGCUGCUCGUCGCCAUGAAGGGCAAGGAGCGUUCCCCUGCCAAGGCCAAGCGGUCCCGGGGAGGCGAGGAGUCCUCCUCAGCGCGGGGAGAGCGAAGCAGUAAGAAGCCGAGCAACGGCGGCGGGAAAUCGGCGGGUGGCGGCUCCGGUGAGGGCGGUGGCGGCAGCAGUAGCAGUCGGCGGAGCCUUCACCUGGAAAAAGCGAGUCGGGCCAGUAGUCGCGAAUAUGACUCCACCGCAGUGAGCGGAGGGAGCAGUAGCCGCCACGGGUAUGGCGGGAGCAACAGCAGCAGCAAGAACGCCGAGUCCUCGUCAUCCUCGCGUGGCAGCAGCAGCCGCGGCGGCGGAGAUUCCCGCGCGCCCCCAUCCGACUCUGGCGGCAGCAGCGAGUACAAGACGCUCAAGAUCAGCGAGUUGGGCUCCGCGCUUAGCGACGAAGCCAUCGAGGACGGGCUCUUCCACGAAUUCAAGCGCUUCGGAGACGUAAGUGUCAAGAUCAGCCGCCUCCCGCCGGGCACCGGGGCUGGCGACGAGCGAGUGGCCUUUGUCAAUUUCCGCCGCCCCGAGGACGCCCGAGCUGCCAAGCACGCUCGAGGCCGUUUGGUCCUCUACGACCGGCCCCUAAAGAUCGAGGCUGUCUACGUGGGGGGCAGUAGCAGCGGAGGGGGAAGCGGCCGGCGCCGCAGCAGUCGUUCUCCGGCCCUUCUGGACAAGGACUCGCCCUAUGGGGCCGCAGCGGUGGGUGUAGCAGGGGCCACCCCUGCAGCCAUCAGGCAUCCCCCUGCUGGGGCUGCUCAGAGGGCUCUCUCUCCUGCUGGGGGAGGAGCAGGUUUGGGGUACAGAGACUUCAGACUGCAGCAGCUUGCCCUGGGCCGUCUGCCACCACCACCUCUCCCUAGAGAGUUGGAAAGAGAGCGAGACUAUGGGGGCUUCUAUGACCGGGUGAGGCCUGCGUACAGUUUGGAUCGAGUGGCUGGAGUGGCAGCAGCUGCAUUUCGUGGGGUUGGUGUUACAGGAACAGCCAGUGAGGAAGAGAUAAGCCCUGAAGAUGACCAGAGAGCCAAUCGCACACUUUUUCUGGGCAAUUUAGAUAUAUCAGUGACUGAGUCAGACCUCCGUCGGGCGUUUGACCGCUUUGGAGUUAUCACUGAAGUAGAUAUCAAGAGGCCAACCCGAGGUCAGACAAGUACAUACGGAUUUCUCAAGUUUGAGAAUUUGGAUAUGGCCCACCGAGCUAAACUAGCCAUGUCUGGUAAAGUGCUGCUUCGUAAUCCUAUCAAAAUUGGCUAUGGUAAGGCCACUCCUACCACAAGACUAUGGGUGGGUGGCCUGGGACCUUGGGUACCAUUGGCUGCCCUUGCCAGGGAAUUUGACCGUUUUGGCACUAUUCGUACUAUUGACUAUCGUAAAGGAGACUCAUGGGCCUACAUCCAGUAUGAGAGCUUGGAUGCUGCACAAGCUGCUUGUACCCAUAUGCGUGGGUUUCCGCUGGGUGGGCCAGACCGCCGUCUGAGGGUAGACUUUGCUGACACCGAGCAUCGAUAUCAACAGCCCUAUUUGCAACCAUUACCACUUCCACCCCCCACCCACUAUGAACUAGUAGCAGAGACAUCUGCUUUUGGGGCACAUCGUGGAGCUCCACCAGACCCACUCCGAGGUGCUCGGGAUAGGUCCCCACCACUGUUAUAUGGGGAUCGUGAUAGAGAUCUUUAUCCUGAGACAGAAUGGGUACCUCCUCCACCUCCUGUUCGGGAGAGAGGUAACAGAGCCACUGUUUAUGAUGCACUGGAAAGUCUUGAACGCCGACGAGAUGGUUGGUCUCUAGAAAGAACUCGUGGGGAAAGGGAGCUAGGCAGCAGCAGUAGAGACCCACCGAGGAAGCGAAGGCUAGUGGAGGAUGGAGGGCGACAUUUGGACCGUUCACCCGACAGUGAACGAUCAUCUUCCUCUCGCAAACGGCACUGCCCUGCUGCAACUUCUCCACAAGACCGUAGUCCUGAGCCGGGUAUAAGCAGAGACCGCUAUAGUAGUGAUACAGAACGGCCGUCUUCUCGUUUGCUCCUGCUGGAACGUUCUUCACCCAUCAGAGAGCCACGCAGGGGUAGUUUGGAGAGAGGACAGAGUGAAAAGCGUGACCACAAGAGCUCAGUUGAAAGGGAGAGAAAACAUCGUGCACUCACAUCUGCUGCUGCCCAAGAGUGCAAGAGCCCUGCUAAAAAGGACGAUCAUGUUUCUGAAGGGGGCAGUAGUGGGGGAUCUCGUCUGAAACCUCCACCCCAAAAACAGCAACAGCAGGAUGGAACGUCCAAGUCUGGAUCUUCUGCCAAACUGUGCCUGGCCUGGCAAGGAAUGCUUCUGCUGAAGAACAGCAACUUUCCAUCUAACAUGCAUCUGCUUCAAGGAGAUCUGAGCGUGGCAAGUAGUCUUCUGGUGGAAGGAGCAACUGGUGGGAAAGUGGCCCAGCUUAAGAUCACCCAGCGUCUUCGUUUGGACCAGCCCAAGCUGGAUGAAGUUACCCGUCGUAUCAAAGUGGCAGGGCCUAAUGGAUAUGCUAUUCUCUUGGCUGUGCCUGGUACAACAGACAACCGUGCCUCAUCUGGGGCGGGUGAAGCUAACACCACCUCUACUCAGCGGCCACUCAGAAACCUGGUGUCCUAUCUUAAACAAAAACAGGCAGCUGGGGUGAUAAGCCUCCCAGUGGGAGGCAACAAAGACAAAGAAAACAGCGGGGUCUUGCAUGCUUUCCCACCCUGUGAUUUUUCUCAACAGUUCCUGGAUUCCACAGCCAAGGCUCUGGCUAAGUCAGAGGAUGACUAUCUGGUUAUGAUUAUUGUCCGUGGUGCAUCGUAAAGCCCUAAUGCAUUCUGUGCUCAGUCCUGCUGCUUCACACAGGCCCCUACCGUUUGUUCCAGUGUCUGCCAGGUGCUAUGCGAUAAGCCUUAGCCAGCUUCCCAAGUAUAAUUUUUAAUUAGAACGGUAGCUAACGUUACCUCCCCAGAAUUUUCUAUAAACUGUUUAGAAGGCAGACUUUAGCUAUUCAUUAUUAUGGUUAGGCUACCUCUGACUACCUUGCUGAUGAGUAGGUAGCAGGAAAGGAAAGUCUGCUUCAACUAAAAUAUGUGACCCAGAAUGAGCUCAUUGCCCUCUUCUUUUUUAGGUUUUAACUUGUCCUUUUUCAUUUCAUAACAUUAAAGUAGCUAUAAAAUCUUUUCCUUACACUUACAAAUCAAAGUUUCCCAGUAUAAAGUAUUCAUGGCUCAUGUAGUCAUUUGCCUAAAAAAACAAGCAAAUGCCCAUUCGGAGCCCUAUUGCUUAGUGAAGGCCUUGUGCCUGUAACGCUGAAAUCAAAACAACCCCCAUAAAGAACCUGAUAGCAAAAUAUGAGUUUCAUAGACUCACAGAUGGCUUCCCUGAGAGGUGAUACUUAUGGUCCAUUCUAGACUUUUUUCACUGUUUAUUUUCCAAGUUUACAGAAAUGCAUGCCCACAAAGAAUGCUUCUAAUAAGUGUAUUCUGUUCCUUUAAACUACUUAUGCAUUUGGGGUUGUAGUUGUAAUACAUGAAAAAAGCUGAGGGCUUUGCUACAAUCCAUGAAUAUCUUAUGCUUCAGUAUGCAAGAAACAGGUGCUUUUAAAGACAACUGUGAUUACUUGCAUUUUUGUUAUUAUCACCAGUGCUAAUUGUGGUAGGCACAGUGAAUUUUAGAAUGUAACUUGGAAAUACAACUUUCAGAGAUGGCAACUUUUGUGAAAAGUUCUGCAAAACAACCAUUUCAGUACAAUUUUACCCAUUUGAAAGUAAGAAAGGAAUGUUUCCUGCAAAGAUGUUUUUCAGCAAGGCUGGUGAACUGCCGAAGACAUCAAGGGAUUUCAAGUGCUAAUGGACCUUUGCGAAGAAAAAGCUUUGGCUUAUGUGGAAUUUACAUGGGCCUCAUGGAAGAAAGCUUAUCUGUUUAGUAUUUGUGCAUUUUACUAAAAUGGCAGCUUAAAAAAAAGUUGUGUAUCUGCUAUUGUGAUGCCAAUGCCCGUGUUUUUAAGUGGAAAAUUGACCUCUUUGCUUUGUGCUGUGUACACAAGAUUUCUGCAAAAGUAAAGGAAAAAAACCUUUUUAUGGCUCACACAGCUUAAAGUAGCUGUCACUCAAAACAUGCGCUCACAGUUGAGCUGAUUUUGUUUCAUUAUAAAUAAAUUGUUUCUUUUGAGGAA